ACCGCUCGUUUGAUCGGUCGUUAUAUUUCUCCAUUCUGUUAUCGCACACGCGACUUCUUUUCUAAUAUUCUAUUCUAUUUUUAAACAAAAAAUUAUUUAUUUAAAAAAAAAGUUUUAAAUUAAAAAAUCUAUUUAUUUAAUUUAUAAGUUUAUUUGUAUUUACCAUUUAAAAAAAAAGACCCUUUUUAUUUUAACUUUAAUGAACUUGUCCGAAAUUGUGAUAUGCUGAUUAGUGGGAAUGUGUUUAAUGAAAGUGAACAAAAAUUGUGAACUGACAAACUCAAAAUUGAAACAAAAAGGAAUUUUUUCUUAUGCCUAUUAGUAGCUGAGGAAGGAUUUUAGUUUUUUUCCCGCAAAAACAAAGAUGCUAAAGUGGACGGUAUCGAGAUCUUUGUCUACGGCCAGUUCUACCCCCCAUGGACCACCUAAUAUUAACAAGACGUCCCGCAGACCUUUUCGUGAUCUCUCCAAUACUCCUCCAGCCUCCGGCUCCAAAACGAAAAGCAAUCUACCCAACGCUCAAAAUUCUUCGACGGGAAUUAAACCCACACCUGGACGUAGACGACGUUGUCGUAGUCAUGGCAGCGAUCUAAGAGGGUACUUUCAGUCGACGAAGACGAGUUUCAGAUCAGUGAAGCGACAAUCGCUUCUUCACGACUUGCAGAAAUCCUCGGAGCCAACUGAAAGUUUUUACCUGAGUACACCGAGAGUUGACGCUGAUAUUCCACUCACCUUAUUCCCGAGCGAGUCACGAACUAGUGAGACGACAACGACAACAGCUUUAACUUUACCAACAGCAUUAACAACAACAACAAAUCCGCCACCAUCGCCACUGAGAAUAAGUUCAAGAAACUUUCCAAGUAGCAAUGAACUGCCACAGAAUAUCGUUAACGAGGCACGUGCCAAUCGACAGUCCCAUGUUUCGGAUUUCUUUCAAAAAAUUGCCCUCGCCGCAAGUCCCGAGGAUAUUAUGGAGGCCGAUUCAGUGCCAUUAUGUAAACGAAGGAUAUUCUCGCAAAAUUGUGAGAGUACAAAAACAACAAUUUCAUCGGAAUUUGCACGCGUCUCGUGUAUACCGAAAUUAGCGAGAAUAACGAAAUUACAAUCGCGAUGUAGAACGCCAUAUCAUACGAAGAAUGGACAGGGGAAGAGUCCUUUUAAAAUAAAGGAGAGUGUUCAUACGCCACUUGCUGGGAAAUUAUUGGAUUUGAAAAUUGAUCAGGAUUUACCAAAGUUCGAGAAUGUGGAUAAUACUGUUACUGAAGUUAUGAAUAGGGAACGCAAAAGGAGUUGUGGAGGCAAAACAGUGGCGGAAAUUCUCCUCAAGGACACUGAGGAGAGGCGAAAAAUUCUCGAGGCAAAAUUGACGACGACGAGAGGUGAAAAUUCGCCGGAGCAUAUUUAUGAAAUGAUUGUUGAACGUGAUGAGAUUGCUUCGCAUAGUGACAGUUCAGUUUCGUCAGCUAGUCAACUGCUGGAAAAUCCAUCGCCCCUCUCGUGGGCACUUCAAUCGCCGUCUAAAGAUUUUGAGGGUGAAUUUACGUUACGUAGACAGCGGGGAAUUCGUCGGAAACGACAGCAAAAGGAGACAGAGAUUGAGAAAAAUUCCGCGAGUAAACGAGCAAAGAAACUAAGUCAAAGUCCAACGAAUGUGAAUGAUGAAAAUCAUGUGAAUGAAAUAAGUGAAAUUAUUAUUCAGGAUCCAUUGAUGGAGGCUGUGAAUCGUAAUGUAAAGAGAUGUCCACUUGAGACGGAUCUCGAUUCAACUUUAGAUGAUGAUAAUAAAUUUGCUGGAUCGACGACAACAUUUUGUGUUGAUAUUCAAAGUCAAAUAUUAGAGGAUUCGAGGAGAAAGGCCAGUUUUUGGGAGCUCGAGAGUCCCAAAUCGUUAUUAAUUGAUGAUUUACAUAGUACAAAGUCAUUUUUGAAUUCCGUCGAAAAUACUCCUGAAGCGCCGUUGGUGGCGACUGUCAGGAGAUGUUUAAAAUAUAGUCCUGAAAUCGAUCCGCCAAAGUCAAAUUCAAAAGGAUCGAUACAAAUCGAACACUCCGUCCAUGAUGAGCAAAUUCAUCUUAAAGUGAUACGGUGUAAGGAUCUGAGGAGGACUUACGAGGGUCCCAUCUACGCUUACGUGAAGGUGACCCUCAAAAAUUCUAGUGGAGUGGGUUUAGUGCAUAAAAGAACUGCAGUUCACAGGGCGACGCCAAAUCCAUUUUUUCACGAAACUCUACUUUUGCCCUGUCCAAUUAGCAAUAAUAAUUGUUCGAGCAAAUCUACCUCUUUGGAUAUUGCUGUUUGGCACAGGGAUCGACGAGCAAGACGCAGUGAACUGCUGGGCUGCAUGACUCUACCCCUGCCCCUGUCCCAGGACAAGGAAGCUACAUGGCAUCCCUUGGAAGCAGGUUCAGGCAGAAAUACGAGCACGCCUUAUGCGGGAAUAACGCAGGAGUGCGGUGCUUCACCUCCAUUGUCAAAAAAUGGAGAGUCAGAUAACAAUAAUUCCAGUGGUGAGGAUCUCACAUACCUCCGUCAUUUGGAACUCGAGCCCAUCGAUCCACUCACGGGACUUCCACUUCAUCCUGGUUUCACCGCCAGAGGUGGAAGAACGCCUUGCACCAUCACCAGGAGAUUGACCAGGCCCGCUACCGGAAAUCCGAUUCCAUGGGGUUUCUCGUUGUCCUGGGGACGACCGCCAAAAGUGGAGCGAGUCGACACUGGAAGUCCAGCGGAACGAUCGGGCUUAAGGCCCGGGGAUCAUGUCGUUUUUGUCGAGACAACAAACGUCGUGACAAGACCACGGGAGGAAAUUUUGAAUUUAAUUCAAGCGGCGACAAAUCAAUUAAUUCUCGAAGUCUACAGGAAAGGCGGUGUUCAGUCCUCGUUAAAUCGUCCCAGUUCGGUGAACAUUCAAGCGCCGACUAGUCAGCAUCAUUCCGUCACAUUCACGGCCGAGGUAUUGAAGAAAUCGGCAAUUGUCAAUUUUUUAUUGAGGAAGUUACCGAAAAAAAGGAUUCGUAGCUCGAGAACACUUGGGCCAGUAGAAGGAGUUAAUUAUUCGCCAGUAUGUUCAAGGCAGGUGUUGCCCAGCUUAACUCCGGACGCGCCACCGGAGGAAGAAUUGAAAGUAAGGGAAUCACGUUAUUGUGCAGCGUUGAAGAGUGGACAGACGAGAUUUCUGACCCCAUUGGCUGAGCAGAGGGAAGUUUUAUCGUCAACUGAUCAUAUGAUACUUUUUCAAAAUCUCGAAGAGUUGCUCAAAAUUUCCGAGGAGAUAAAAAAUGAUGGUGCAGCUAUUGAAAGUUAUUUGUCACGAGUGCCCAAGAUAAUAGCCUCAUAUAGAAGAUAUCUUAGUGGACUUCAAAGAGCUUGUUGCCUCCUAGUUGCUCUUAGAAGGAGUUCUUCAUUUGCAAAAUUAGUCGCCGAACCCGCCGUUCCCAGGAGGAGAAAUCCUGAUCUCACUGGUGUUUUGCUCCUUCCACUGGAACAUUACAGGGAAAUGACAAGAUUGCUGGGACUCGCUUGCCCGAGAAAUUGCCCGCAGGCGAGGGAUUUAUUGCAGGGUUAUAGAGAAGCAACAUCGAACGCAGGAGUUAUGGAACCACCACGAGACACUGGAAAACCGUUGUUGAGUCUGCAGGAAAUGGAAUCGAGACUUGUUUUUGCGAGAUGUAAACCAUUUUGCCUUGCCACACCAGGAAGACAAUGGCUCUUUGGUGGCGCGUUGACGAAAGUGGAAAGUCGAGCGUCCUUGCAAUCGACGUGGGCUCUUCUUUUGACCGACAUCCUGGUGUUUGCUCGAGUUUCACGAGAUCGUGUUCUCUUCGUUACGGAGGAGCCUCUUCAUCUCUCGAGCAUAGCGGAAGCCUGCUUCAAUGUUCGUAAAAGACCCACGGAAUUUCGAUUGCAAAUUGCACUCGCCCAGAGUGAAAACGGUCAUCUGGAAACUAUUCACACCGGUGGAUGCAGUCCGCACAGUCGACCGAGAAGAAGAGUCCUGAUCCUCAGAGCUGCAACUGCGGAACUAAAGGCCGUUUGGCACAAUUUACUUCAACGGCAGAUAAUCUACAUCAACACUUGCUGUGGUGACGCUCCUCUUGUAGAUAGUCCAGAAGAAACUCUAAACGAUAAUUUUAAUUCAAUGAAUGCAACGAAUCUUGAGUAUCAUGAAGAAAUACAACAUCAUCACGAUGACGAUAAGGAAAAGUUUGAGGACAGUCUUGAUAUUAUCAAGGAUUCGAAUCACUUGGCUCAGUGGGUUCAAAAUUCACACCAAAUCCCAUCGCCGGAUCAGGAAGUCUCACUCGAGGAAUGGACCGCCGAGGAAUUGGCUCUUCGAACUCCGAGGGAAAAUUGUGAACGGACUUUAGAAUACGCUGCUGAAGAAACUACUACUGUCAAUUCCGAUGUCGAACAACAAAGUACAACCUCCAGUGCAAGUUUAAAUACCGUCAAGUCCAGUAAUGUGUCCAAGAAGAAUGGAUCCUAUCAGAUUCGCGAGACGACCAUCAGCAUCUGUAGGAGAUGUCACAAAUCCGGUUGUCCGACACCUCCGCUAGUUCGCGAUCCAUUUUCACCGAUUCCACCGAGAAUUUCCGUACUGCCACCAACUCCGGACAUUUGUACGAGGCACAAAUUGCGAAAUGGUUUGACCGACAGUCAAGGACGUGACAGUCCAGCGAGUGCAUCGGCCGAUGGGAACACCGAGGAAGGUAGUGAGGACGAUCUCGAUGUCGAUGGAGAACCACCUUACAGAGCCUUACGGAGAUUUGGAACAUUGAGCAGUUUAGAUCAGGAUGAUGAAAUUGAAGAGCCAACUGAGGAGGAAUCACAGGAGCAGGAAUCGCCAACGGGCUUUAAGGCGUGGACAGUGAAAGCGAGUAAUUAUGUUGUCAGUAAAAUGACGUUACUGGAACAUUUUGGCGAUCAAUUUUUACAACCGCCAUUACCGCCAGAGAGAACGGAAUUUUCAUUGGAGGGUAACGAUGAGGAAGGCACCACUUCCGGUGGCACAUCGGGUGAUGAUAUUUGGGGAACACCAACCUCUGGCGGUCCUGAUGAUGAAAGUUUUACUGCUAGUCCGGUAAGAGAUCCAUCGUACCAGAUUCGACAAUUCUCGAAGCCGCCGACCAACAAUUCUUCUGGUGCCUUCGGUGAAGAUAAUUUCGGCAUGUCGAACGACGAUGACGACGACGACGCCGACGAAUUGGACAGCGAGGAUUGCCUCCUGCCCGAAUUGAGUAUAGAUCAACUUCUCGGAAGUGCGAGUCUAGGCUCGAUAAAGGGUUACCUGGGCCGAAGACGACUUGAACCAUUGCCCGAAGAGGAGGAUUCAUCGGGCAGCGAUAAGCAUCAAGUUGGAUGGUGGUGACAGAGGUUUCC